CAUAUUCAACUAAGCUCAACAAGUUUCCUGUCUUUAAUUUUUAUGAUGACUUCAAGUAUCUGUGUAUCAGUGCUGUGAGUCCCAACACCACCAAGACCACCCUCAGUGGUCUCAGCAUGUGGAGAUACUAGUGCAUGACCGAAGGACUCAGAGAUUACAUGGACAUCACUAAGAUCCCGUCAGUGAAGCUCAGUGAAUUCCUGGAGGACUUUUACAUUGUAAAGAAAACAGGUGGGUCUGACUUUCUAGACACAUCCCUCCACACUAUCUGAUGAGGCCUGGACCGGAUCCUCAAGAAUGCUGGUGCUGGUUUCUCCAUCACCAGCAGCACCUUCAACUCUUCCACCAGAAAGCUCAAGGAGAAGCUUAAGGUUCUGAGCAAGCCUGGGAAACCUGGUGCCCACUCUCACAACAAUGUCUACUUCUCCCUUUCUGAUGAGGAAGAGAUGUGGAGGAUGGGAUGCCUGGGAGAUGACAGCCCCAUAGCCCUGCUCUCCACGGUGGUGAAUGACCACAGCCAGUACCUGAACAUGCGAACCUUACAGGAGUAUGCAGACUUAAUGUUGGGCAACAUUGAAUUGCUCAAAGACUCCCAGAACAGGCCGUUUUUUGCCAGAAGAGGUAGCGUACAGCAAGAAAGCAGGGUGAGCAUGAACAAAGCAUGUUAUGGCCAUAUCUACCAUGAGCACCCAAAAGGACACACGCUCUGCCCAUAAUGUCUUCUCUACAAGUACAUGUACACACGGCCCCAGGCACAGAUGGAGGCCAAGUGUCCCUUCUGCCCAGUGGCCCAGAAGGAGGGCAGCAGCAUGGGGAAUGUCUGGUAUGAGGAGCAGAGGAUGGGGGUCCUCACCCUCAGGAGUGUUGUUCCCAAGCUGGCGGAGAAAGUGAAGCUGGAGCACUGUGAAAAUCUUACUUUUGUCUCCUUCACUCAGGCUUCCAGGAAUUUUGUCCCUUUUAGCUCCUUCCAGUUAACCCUGCACUCUGUCUGCUCUCACCAGCCAGCAUCCCAAGAAAGUGCUUCACACAAUAGCUUUAGUGUCAUGUGGAGAAAAUAA